AUGGAAUCACUUGAAAGACAACAACAACAAAUGAAUUGGGCAGAUGAAACAGAGAAUGAGGAGAGAGAGAGAGAGUUGGAGACUCAAGCUUUAGAGAAGGAGUUGCGUGAUAAUCCCGAGAAGAUGGCUCAGGUCAAGCAAGAGGAAGCGGAAAGAGAGCAACGUGAGCGUGAGAUGCAACGUGAGCGUGAGGAGCAAGCUCAGCAACAAGCUCAACAGCAACAACAUCAUCAACAACAAUACCAACAGGGUGGUAGUGGUUAUAACAAUAACAACCGUGGUGCAUACAAUAACAACCGUGGUCCAUACAAUAACAAUCGUGGUGGAUUCAAUAACCAACAACAACAACAAGGUGGUGGAUAUAGAAACAACAACGAUAAUCGUGGUGGAUAUAGCAACAACAACAACAAUAACAACUAUGGUCGUGACAACAACCGUAGUGGAUACAACAACCAACAACAAGGUGGUGGAUACAGAAGCGAUAACCAACAACAAAGAGUUGGAUACAACAAUAACAACAGCUUUAACAACAAUAAUCAACAAAGAGUUGGAUACAAUAAAUAUAACAAUAACAACAACAAUGAUUAUAAUAACAAUAGACAGCAACAAUAUGGUGAGAAUGGUGGACGUCCACAAUACAACAAUCAACAAGGUGGACAGCAACAAGGUGGACAACAACAACAACAACAACCACGUAAAGAAUAUGCCGAUCAAGGAUUGACUGUUGUCGUUAGUGGACACCCAGAGACUGUCACCACCGAGGACAUCGGUGUGUUCAUUGAGGAUCACCCAAUGUUUGAGGAGAAGCCACUCAUUGCUAGCGUUGAAAGCUCGCAAAAGAACAACUUGAUCUACGUCGUUCUCAAGGAUACCAAGAGUUUCGACAUGGUUUGCAAGUUGAACGGUGAGAAACUCCCAAAUACCGACGUCCAAUUGAGCAUCAAGUCACUCGCUGCCAGCAAAGCUGAAUAUAAAGCACAACAGAUGGCCAAUCAACAACAAAAUCAACAACAUCAACAUCAGCAUCAACAUCAAAGACAACAACAACAACAAUCGAACGCUGCAUUCGGACAGCCACGACAGACCUCGGCGAAUCCAUUUGGUGGUGCACAACCCGUCGAUAUAGAUAGAAUUCAAAGAGAGCGUGAACGUGAUGACACCAAGAGACCAUACGAACAAGAUCAAGAUAACAACAACAACAGCAAACAAUCAUCAUACCAGCCACCACAACAACAACAACAACAACAAAAUGUCAACAACGCUGACAACAACAACGAAGACAAUCAAAACUACCGACGUGAUAACAAACAAGCUAGAAAACCAAUGCAAUCAUCCACCGACAGCACAGGUAGCAACAGUAAAUUUGAUAAAUUUGACAAGUUUGACAGAAACAACAAUAGCAGUUUGAACAACAGCGGUGACAACAACAAAUAUCAACGUCCAAACAGAGACUUCACCAAGAAAUCAUCUGACAGACUACCACAACAAAACAAGAAAGAAACACCAGUUAAAGACGAAGAUGGAUGGGUAUCAACCGGUAAAUUGAAAGAACCAAAGAAAGAAGUCGUUCAAAAAGCUACUCCCAAAAAGGAAGCAGCCAUUCAAAAUAAAUUCCAAGCACUCAUGGUUGAUGACGAUGAGGAAUAA